AUGGCUUUACGAGUUUACGUCUCCCACACUGGGGCGGCCCUACCAUACAAUGACCCAGCCUCGCGUGUCGACACCCUACGAUCAUGGAUCGAGGCCAACGCUGCGAUUCCGAUCAACCGUCAAAUUCUCAUGACUGCGAGGGGGAAGAUUGUCAAAACCUUAGCAAACGAAUCUGAAGUCUUUGUAUACGACAAAGAAUUCCUAGGCUCCAACUCUAAACCCCCGUUUAAGUCGAAGCCGAACCUCGAGACCCUACAAGAGCCUCCUUCAUCCCUUGCCGAUGAGACCAGCCUUGCUGCAUGGCAUGAGUUAUUCAAGUCUAGACAAUCUUGGGCCGUUGAUGCCUUCGAUAUAGCAAGAGCUGGUGUCGAGAACCUCGAGGUCGGUGCUGAUGAAGCAACGGUUAUUGCGCGGUCUAUGAAGGUCGCUCUUGACAAUUUACGGAACCACAUAACUAGCUUGCAUCAGAAAUUCCAAGAGACCAAACAAUGGGCUGAAGGGUACAUACAGGAACAUCGGGAGGUACUUCGAGAUUGGCAGGGUAGUGCAGAACUUUUGAGAGAAUUGCCGGUGAGGGAAGAUGUUGCUCGCAUCCUCCGUCGAUCGGUCGAAUCAGAUACCAAUCGAACCAGUACUCCCAUUGGUACCUUGUUUGAUUUAAUUGAUCAUGACGGCUUGCAGUUUGCCGCUGCAAAGGUUGAACAAAGCUCGACCCAGUUUCAAAAGGAUCUCCGCGAGUUGCAUUCGAGUAUGGCAGCUCUCAAGGAAGAUGCAGAAGGAGCUCAAGGCCAGGAUCCACAAAUACCCGAUAUUGAUACGAAUGCUUUGUUGGAAGAAGCAGAGACAAUAGCAAACCGCAUCCAAUCCGAUAUGGAUGAUGUUUUGCAAAUGACGGACAGUCAAAAGUCUGUCAUUACCGCAUCGAGGAAGGCUGCAGUUCACACUCAAGAGCUUCUUCCUGCAUUACAAGGUGUUGUGGAGGAGAUUGUCCAGGCAUCUCUAGCAACAUCGGAAGCAAGAAAUAAUGCUUCUGCCGAGUGGUACCAUACUUUGCAGAAUAUCUCACGUCUUCAAUCACGGCUCCAGGAAUUGCAGCCUCGGAUCACGAACCUAGACUUCACUGAUCUGGAUAAUUGGCAGACCCUCAAUCGAGUUUUCCAAUUACCCCUUGUUUAUGGUGAUACUCUGAUAGAGGCAACAAGAAGGACCGAGUGGACGGAGAAAAUGCGGAUCGAGGUCGAUGGACUUCAUGAUGAUCUGCUACAUCAAACAGAAGAAGAGCAACGACGUAGGAAGAAGUGGACCACUGCACACAGCGACUUUCUCAGUGAUGAUCUGAAUGCUAAAGACGCUUUGAUCGACCUGAAGGCCUCAUCUCCCCGAAAUUCUUGGCCUUUUGUCAAUCGGGACGAGAUUUUUGCGUGGAUCGAUGAUCUCCGGGCAUUACAAAUUGAUGAUGCUGUGCAAGCCAUUACUCAGCGGCUGAAAGAUCUAGACGCUGCGGUCCGCAAACAAAAACCAAAGCCAUUCAAGAAUGGGAGUGUGCAUGAUCUUUCUCAAAGUGCUACCCUUCAGCACGGGGACGAGGUUCGAGGUCUACAAGAUGAGAAAAACCGAUUGGAAGAAAAGCUUAGAGCUUCUGACAGCAGAGUCCGAAAGCUGGAAGAUCUAUUGCAUCGACAAAGCCAACUUAGCCGACCUGCCAGUGGUAUCUUUGUGCCCGGAAGUGCAGCAGAUUUUGAACGACAGACUCCUUCACCAAAUCCAUUCAAUAGACAGAGCGACCUCUCGCGAAGAUCAUCGAUGUCCAACAGAAGAAUGUCGAACACCCAAGACGACAAAAUGUUGGUUCAAAAAAUCCUAUCUUUAGAAGGUCAAAUCCAGAAACUUCAAGAUGAGGCUCAUGCCGAACGCAGAUCAAGCACUGAGAGUCGAGACAAGAUGCAGGAGGCAGAAUCGGUUAAGAGGGAUCUGAUGGCCAAUUUCGAGUCCCAAAAGCAGGAGUUUGAGGAUGAAAGACAGCUUCUAGAUGAUGAAGUUCACAGGUUGAAAGUCAAAAUGGAGGAAGCGGAAGAUGAGCUUGAUCGUCUUAAUGAAUCAAGAGACCAUCUACGCAACGAGCAAGACCAGACAAUUGCUAAUUUGCGCAACGAAUUGGACCAGUUGAGGAAAGCACAUUCUGAAGAACAGGCUCAACAUCUACGCAAAUUUGAGGCUUCCCAGAAGGAUAUCUCGUUGCAGCGUGACAAGAUUGCCAACCUUGAACGUCAAAUCCACCAAGUCAAGGAGGAAAGAACCGCCGCCCAGGGCCAGAAUGUCACAUUAGCGAAUCAAAUCAGGACAAUGGAGGACCGUCAACAAGACUAUAUCGGUAUAUUGCAAGCAGUCCAUUCAAAUCUUUCACCCGCUGGAUCGGCACCAGAAGACCUGCGUCGUCUAGUGAAUGCUCUUGAGAUACUGUCGGAAGGUGCGGCUAUUCAUGCAAGAGGGCUGGAUGACUCUUUGCAGCUCGCAACUGCAGAGAAUAAGGCUUUGGAAGAGAAAGUAUUCCACGGCGAAUCCCAAAUCAAGUCAUUGACAUCUCGACUGUCGGCGGCAGAGACACGAGCUAGUGAGACUCGGGAGAAUCUUGAUCAAGAAAGAAGCAGAAUGUCUGCAUUGCGAUCUGAACUUGCUACUGAACGAGCAGAGAUGCAUAAUCUCCGAGAAAAGUUCGCUGCUGGGGAGACAGGAUCGGACGCUCUCAGACAGCAACUACAGUCAGAAGAACAAAAGGUGGCUGAAAUGAUGGAAAGCAAAGCAGGCGACGAGAGCUCGAUACAAAGAUUGAAACACGAGGUUGAGAAUCUAAAUCGUGAACUCAACACAGCGAAUCAAAGUCAACAGACGCUCAAGAAACACCUCGACAAACGUGGUGAGAAAGCCAAACAAUUGUCUGAACGUCUUUUCCAUCACCAUGAUCGUAUUAUCCGUAUGCUCGAGCAAUUUGGAUAUUCUGUUUCUCGACAGGAUGAUUCGUUGGUCAUUCAACGAGCUUCCAAGGUCAAUGCGUCAACGAUCCUAGGUGCUGGUGAGGGAUCCUCAAGCAUGAGACGAACAAUAUCAGGCUCUGUACCUCCACAGCACUAUUCUGACCCAUCCGACCUUGACACUUUAUAUUGGAUGUCUGAUACAGAUGUCACUAAUGAGAACAACAAAUAUCAGUCGUUUGUGACGGCCUUGCAGCGUCUUGACGUCGAUACAACCGUUGAUCUGAUUACCAAACGCUAUAAAGAUGUCGAGACUCUUGCUAAGAAAUAUCAAAAGGACUCCCGUGGUUAUCGUGAACGGACCCAUCGAAUUCAAGCCGAAGCACAUGAUAAGAUUGCUUAUCGCUCGUUCAAGGAAGGUGAUCUCGCUUUAUUCCUUCCCACUCGCAAUCAAGCUACUCGACCCUGGGCCGCUUUCAAUGUUGGUGCGCCACACUACUUCCUUCGUGAACAAGACGCACACAAGCUUCAAGCCCGGGAUUGGUUGCUUGCACGCAUUACUAAAGUCGAAGACCGUCUUGUCGACCUCUCCCGAUCCAUGCGUGGCUCUGCAAUGGCUGAAGCGAGUGAUGCAGGUUCUUUACGUUCCAUGGAUGACGAGAAUCCCUUCGAGCUCUCCGAUGGAUUGAGAUGGUACAUGAUUGAUGCAGUAGAAGAAAAAUUGGGCGCUCCUGGAACCCCAUCGCUUGGAAAGUCGACCGUUUCCGCUAGUAACGUUGAGGUGAAAGGUCAUAUGGGACGGAAAGAGCAACCUGGGGCGUCUGGAUCUGGAACCGCUAAUACCACGCUUGUUACAAAGACGCUGACCAAAAGCCUUGAUUCCCGCCGCUCGAGUUCCGGAAGUAAGAAAAGCGUUGAUCUGACCCGCAAGCGCGGAGAGGGAAAUAAUAGCAAGGAUAUGCAAGCUCCUUUGGCACCUAUCGUCAGUGAUACAGAUGCAGAGCGGGAUGGCAACAACAUUAUGGUACGCAGAAGCCAGAGCAUUAGCAAGGACAAAGGAAUUGGAUCACCCACGUCAGGAGUGAAUGCUACAGCAUCAGCUUCUGGAGCCACGGUACCACCCAGCUUGGUACAGCAGCCUUCUGAGACAGGCCAAACAGACAGGGAGGAUGCCCAUGUCUUUGAAGUGGUGAGGCGCGAUCUCCUGCUCGGUCCAUGA